AUGCCACCGGUUAGAUCCCUCGGUUCGUCACGAUCCAAGAAGCCGCCAGCCGGAUUCGACGACAUCCGCGACGACCUCGAGAUCUUCAACAUCAAGAUGAAGGACGCGCAGAACUUGCCUACAAACAACAUCCCCAAGCACCAGGCGCAAUGGCCCAUUUUCCAGAUCUCCCAUCAGCGAAGCCGAUAUGUCUACGAGCUCUACUACGAGAAGGAGGCUAUCAGCAAGCAGCUGUACGACUGGCUGCUCAAGAACGGGUACGCGGACGCUAUGCUGAUUGCUAAAUGGAAGAAGCAGGGUUACGAGAAGCUAUGCUGUCUCCGUUGCGUCCAGACCAAGGAGACGAACUUCCAGUCGACGUGCGUCUGCCGAGUACCCAAAGCCCAGUUGAAGGAUGAGCAGGACGUCCAAUGUGUCAGCUGCGGCUGCCGAGGUUGCGCCUCGAGCGAUUAA